UUGUCUACAACUUUUAUUUUUUAUUUUUUUCAAUAUAAACUGCAUUACAUUUUUUUAAGCUACAGCAUUGUGAUUAAACUCAUGUUAGGAGCUGGAGAAGCACCAUAAUUAAAUCAGGAUUUAUUUGUCGCUUGCAAGGUGGGAACGUUUUUAAACUGCUCUGAGCUGGUGCCACAACUUGGCACAUGUGAAGCGAGGUUUUUGUUCCUGUUAAAGACGCCUGUCUGUGUUUGUUGAAGAUGGAAGCUAAGAUGCAUAUGAAAGAGUGGCUGAUAACUCAGAUAGAGAGCGGGAAAUACGAGGGACUGUGCUGGGAAGAUGAGGACAAAACCAUGUUCAGGAUCCCGUGGAAGCACGCAGCCAAGAAGGACUACAAGCAGACGGAGGACGCAGCUCUCUUCAAGGCCUGGGCUGUAUACAAGGGCAAGUUCAGGGACGGGAGGGACAAAGCUGACCCCACCAUGUGGAAGACCCGUCUCCGCUGUGCACUCAACAAGAGCACAGACUUCCAGGAGGUCCCAGAACGCAACCAGCUGGACAUCACUGAACCCUAUAAAAUCUACCUUAUCCAGCACGACAGCGGGCCGGCCAGGCCAGCAGAGUCUCCCCAGGCAAAGGAUCAAGUGAUCAUCCAGGCUAAGAGGUCUCUAAGGAGCCCCGGUUUGCCCGACAAACAGCUUCAUUGUCAAAAGGAGUCAUUGCACGCAAGUAAAGAAGAAGUAAAACCAUGGACUGAUGAUCUGAUGAGGGAGCACAUGUAUUGUGAGCUCACAGGAAAAAAAAGUCUAACUCAGAGCCCUCCUGCUCCUAUAAUCUUCAUCAGUCCUACACUUACUAUAUCAGACCUCCGUAUGCAGGUGGUGUUGUUGUACCAGGGCCAGAGGGUGAUGAAAGUGACCACCAGGAGCCCAGACGGGUGCUUCAUCCUGCAGGGCCGCGUCCCUUUGGGAAACGAGCGGAUCUACGGGCGCUGCACCGCCCAGCAGCUCUCUUUCCCCUCCCCGGGCUCCGUAUGUCUGCCGUCAAGCAUGGCUGAAGCGAUGAACCGCCUCCUUUGUCAUCUGGAGAGGGGCGUGCUAUUAUGGGUGGCCCCAGAUGGGGUGUUCAUCAAGCGGUUCUGCCAGGGCAGGGUGUACUGGAGCGGUCCCAUGGCCCAAUACGCUGACCGGCCCAACAAACUGGAGCGAGAAAAGACCUUCAAACUCCUUGAUAUACCCACAUUUCUCAACGAGCUGCAGCGCUGUUUACAGGGGAAGGGACCUACACCUUCUUAUGAGAUCGAGCUCUGCUUCGGAGAGGAGUAUCCAGACCCCAACGCACCUAAAACCAGCAAGCUGAUUAUGGCGCAGGUGGUGCCCUUGUUCGCAGUGGAACUGCUGCAGAGGUUCAACCUGGGAGAGAUUGAGGAGAAGCGGCCGACUCUCACCUCCAGCACAGAGGGAGAGAACAUGUAGGAGGACAGGGGGAGCUACCCUGCACCAGGUUAGCCAUGAACAAUAUACAUGUGGAGUAAUGAAGGUUUAUUCCUUCCCUGUCAUCAUCAUGAAAGACACUUUAAGAGCAGAGCAAACAAUGCUCAAAUGCAAACAAAGAGUAUCGUCGGUGGAAUACGAUGAAGAAACGAGGGAGGUGUUGUAUUGUAGACCUAUUUGCAAUGCAU